AUGGAAGACUCCAAAAAAAUAUAUUGUUCGAAAACACAAAAAGAGAUGCUCAUCCAACUUCUGACAAAAGAUUCACAAUUGAUUUCUGGGAAGUUUACAAGCACUUUCACGUUUAAAGAUGCUAGUAACAGAUGGAUUGAAAUCGCCGACACUUUAAAUGCAAUUCCCGGCUGUGUCAAAGAUUGGAGUCAAUGGAAAAGAACUUGGCAAGAUUCACGUAGUAAGGUUAGAAGUAAAAAAGCUAUGUUAAACAGACAUGUAAAUGGUACAGGAGGAGGACCACAAAUAUCGCAAACACUUACUCCAAUCGAGAACCAAAUUCUUGAUCUUGUUAAUCCUAUCACAAUUGAUGGAGAUGAGACCAUUUCAAUGCCGGUUACUAAUUUUGAGUAUGGUGACAUAAGCAAAUUACCGAUACAAAUUGAAUGUGUAAGUCCGGAUGAAGGAAUUAGUAUGUAUACUAUACCUACCAUGCAGCCUGUUGAGGAAAAUAACUGUGCUAUAACGCCUAUAACCAUUGAUAGAGUGGAAAAAAAAUGUAUGUAUUAG